CGACGAGCCUCUGUUGUCCUUAGUCUACUCUUUCCAUCCCUGCUGGUUUUAAGUAAUUAUUUUUUCUGCGGAAUAUUAAUUGAGCCACCUCCGCCUAAGCGUAAGCUUAAGCGUAAGCUUUGGUUCUUGUUCUUGUAGUUAUGCUUUGGUUGUUGUAGUUUAGAUUAACGCGUAGGAAAUUAAGAUGUCCUUUUUAGUUUUUAGUCAGAGAUUGAUGUAUGCGAUUUUGAACCCCGAAAACGAUAACAAAGCCAAAAACCAUCCAAAUGGUGCGUCAAGAACGUGAGUCUCCGGCAUCACCUGCCGCGACCCCUCACGGCAAGAGAGUGCAGGGCAGUCCUGUCGGAUCGAAAACGAGGAGGCGCCGCAUUCGCAAUCGCGUGUUUCUGUCGCCACUCUUGUGCCUGACCUCCAGUCGAGGCGUGUUUGACAGUGCUCAGCAUGCAGUUACAGCACGAAAGGAUGAGGAUACACGAGCUUCGGAGGGACGUGACUUGAGAGGGCAUCAUUCGGACCUGGCAGGUGAGAUUCGUGUGCUACCUGCAGCAUCUUCUAACUAUCCGUCGGGUGCGAGUACCCUCGUUCCCGCUGGCCCAUCACACCGCUCUGACAUCUUCCUUGACGAGUUACAUACGCACUUUCACGAAUUUCAAAGUGCGAAGGUGGUACGACCCGACCGACCGACGCGGGGUGGCGCGGCGAAAAAGGCACCGCCGUCUUUUGUCGAAUUGCGCGACUUGGCAAGACGAUUUGGUGCCUCUGAUCAUGAGCUCGCACUCCUUGAUGAGUUGUUACGUGGCGAGAUAGGGCGUCGCGCAUCUUCAUCGUUUUUGGAUGACCCGACAAGAGUGGCCCCAAAGCAUUUUGCUACUAGUAGACGAAGAAGUGAUAGGAAUGACGCAGUAGGUGCUGGUGGUGUUGUAGUGACAGACGGGCAAGAACAUCCAAGUGAAAUUUCUGGGAACGAUGCAGCGUUGCAGGCAAAGGUGCAUACAUAGUAAAUUUUUAACAUCACAUAUUCAUAUUAUAAUUGCCACGGCCUCUUGUCCAUCAUGAUCAUGCAAGUAGAAUUAAUAAUGCUGUUCAUGAUCUUACUAGGGAGCUUCCGCCUUGAAUAUACAGACUCCCGAGGCCCAGCAAUAUGUCCUCUGAACUCCUCCAGAGAUUUGUUUUAGGACAUUGAUAACUGUAUUCAGGUAGUGAAUCAUCUUGGAGAUGUAGGAGUUGCGGAGCCGUCGAUGAAACCUGCAAGGCUGCGAAAAGAGGUAGAUGAUCAUCAUGUUGCGCCUCCACUUCCACAUACUGUUAAGAGUAGGUGGUCUUAGAUUUUCCUGGUGCCGUUUGUUGUGUCUUUUUGAAGAGGGAAAGGCAUAACGGACGGGGUAAGUAAGCGCCAAGUCCUUGCGUCUAAUAUUAGCACAAGCAUGCGUGACAGAAUCGGCGAGCAUUUGUCUUCUCUUGUCGAAUAUGUUCAUGGUGUGACCAAGUCUACGAUUGGUAGUAGUCAUCCUGUGGAUGCUGGAUCAGGUGGCUCUUCGUCUAGUGAAAGUGGUGGUGCGCCUUUUGCUACUCAGACCGAGCACAUCAAUCAUAAAGAGGACCGAAAGGACAAGAAAGACCGACAUCUUCAAAAGCAACAUGGUGGGAGGAAACACGAAAAAGAAAAUCAACUUCUCCAGCACAAUAAGCCCGUAGUAGAGCCGAGCCACCACCAGCACGCUAAAAAUACAUCCGUGUCUUCCAGUAAUGAACCACGUGGACAGAAGGCACGGCGAACAGAGGCAUCAUCCCAAAUGACCGAAAAAAUGCGCACAUCACAAACGGUGAUUUUUAAGGCUCAACUUUCAUUGGUCAUUGAAGUUGGUCACUGACACCGAAGCGGAGACCUCAUGAGACAACACGGGAAAUCAAACUCUAAGGGAUGAAGGGCUCUGUAAGGGGCCUUGUCCCGUUCAGAGUCAGUGACCAAUGACUGUUGACCUUUAAGAUUUACAAAUUUCAAGCCUACUUCAUGGGCGGAAGUUACAUGUGGAGCUCCGGGGAAGACUUUCAAUACCUCUUAUGACAACAACCUCACUGGAUUCAAUUUAGAUUUUGAGCAUCUUGAAUUCGCUCGGCUCCCUAUCAGGACUAUUUGCAUGCUGAAUCAUCAUUAGCAUUAAUUGUUUGUCCUUCUCGUGUAGUUCUACUUUCCUCAUAAAACUCAUCCUGCAAGGCGAGGCACAUCUUUACGACGUAUUCGUAUCACGCGCAUCAGCACCAGUUUCUUGUAAUUUUUCGCUAGGACUGAGUCGUCCUUUCAUUCUGCUGCGCAUGCGACUUUGACACCAAAACGUGCUCACAGAGCGGAGCUUUCUGUAUGGACAAGAGCUCCCCGGCAGCCGUCAAAGUCGCCUUACUGGUACUUUCUUUGAUCUCAACAAGAGCAGCAUGAUUUAUGAGUGGAUGAGAAUGUGACUAUAUUAAUAAAUAAAAAUAUGAUUUCUUUUUCUACAUCGACCACUUACUUUUUGUACUAGAACUUCUAUCAUCUGACAAGUAAACACAUCAGUUGAAAUGCGUCGCGACGCCGGAUGCCGACGAGUGCAAGGAGGCAGAAGCAGAGGAGGUAACGAAUACGUCCAACGAUGCUGCUGAAGCGGAGGAAAUAACAGUCACCGAACCUCCCACGACACCGAAACCCCAAGCUGAACGGUAGUAGUCAUAUCAAAGCAAGAAGAAGAACCUGAACUACUUGAACAGAUGAUGAAAAGAUUACACCUGAUUGUACUUCCAAAUGUUUUAGAUGAUGCUUUCUUCGCAGAAGGUAACGGGACAAAGGCAUACAAAAAAAAAAAACACAACACAAAUCAAUAACAACUUUCUACAUCAAGCACAGCAAGAUGUGCAAAAAUAGCGAUGAAUGUUCAACGCGAGCACCGAAAGUCACCGUACUAGAGUAAUGACCAAUGAAUCAAUCAGAAUGAUCGGCUGCUCCUCUACCCCUCAAAACCCGACGAGGAUAAGUCAUGUCGAUGAUCUUCAGUUAGUUAGACUGCAAAGCAAUGCUAUGCCAUGGGCAGUAGAUAUGAAAAUAGACGACUAGGAGCGCAGUUAGCGAAGAAAACAAAAUAGACAUAACUGACAUUCAGCUUGGCCUUGGUGUCAAAUAGUUGUACUACGACGAUUUUUAUUCGAGGUGAAAAAGCUGAGCGGCGUCAAGCUAAAGAGAUGCGCGGCUUUUGUUGAGAGAUGACGAGCAACGUAAAAAUGAAUGCUAUUUCUUUGAGAUGAACAAGGAAAACUGGUCUUGUUAGAAGUUUGGACGAAAAGAACGCAGGAUGCAAGAGAAAAC